AUGGGCAGGAAAUCCAAGAAGGCAAAAGCCGAAAAAAGCCCCCACGGGAGGAACAUUGGCGAGAUGCUUCAGCUCUCGCAACAGGCCGCAUGGCCCAAAAUGGCGCAGCAAGACGACCUCUUCUCCUACUCUUCGGAGGAUUUCGCCACCGACAUCCUGGAAGGAGCAUCUUACAGGCACCCACCGGACAGCAGACAGGUACCCCCAAAAUCUGGGGACCCGGUCACAGCCGACCAACUCAAGGCAAUGCUGGCGGAACUCUGCAAAGAUUUGGCGGCAGAUAUGGCCUACUAUAGAAAGGCCAUUGAAGGCGCCACGACAAAAAUCGCACAUUUAGAGGCCAGCUCAAGCACCCAUGACACAAGGCUUCAUGCAAUCGAACAGAAAGUUACAGACCUGGUCAAAUGGCAAACCACUACCAAUGACAGGCUUGAUACCAUAGAGGACCAAAGAAGACGCUACAACUUAAAGCUGAGGGGGAUACCGGAGUCAGUAGGCCUGGAUGACUUACCCCAUUACAUCAGGCGCCUCCUCAAAGUCCUGCUCCCACCAAUGCGGGUGAAAACCAUGACAACUGAUGGCAUGUUCAGGUUGCCGAAAUCACCCCGAGCACCGACAGCGGCGACAGCGGACCUCAUACUGAGGUUCCAAACACUAGCUGACAAGAACUCGCUCAUGACCGCACUGUGGGGAAAAAAAAACCUACUGUUUGAAGGGGCAUCACUGACAGCAUUCCCAGAUCUGACCAGGAACACGAUAGCCUGGCGAAAAGCCCUACAACCCCUUCUACACCAUCUUCGGGCCAGAGAAAUCCCAUACAGAUGGGGCACCCCUCGUGCCUUAUCAUUCACUUUCAAGGGGUCUACAUAUAAGGCUGGAAAUGCAAGUGACAAUGUGCGAAGUGGAAAUGCAGGUGACAAUGUGCAAAGUGGAAAUGCAAGUGACAAGAAUGUGCAGCGCAAGCAUGGUGGCAAAAAGAAAGUGCACAGCAGUAGUAAAGGUGACAGCAAGGUUGUGAAGAAAAUAACCAUUGAGCUGAAGAAGGAAAUUAUAGAAAAGCAUGACCGUGGUAUUCGUGUGACUGAUCUGGCUUCGGAGUACAAGAUGGCAAAGUCAACAAUUUCGACUAUUCUGAAAAACAAAGCCGCCAUCAAAGGAGCUGAUGUUGCAAAAGGAGUAACAAUGUUAACCAAGCAGAGGACACAAGUGCUGGAAGAGGUGGAAAAACUUUUGUUGGUGUGGUUGAAUGAGAAACAGCUGGCAGGUGAUAGUGUAAGUGAAGCUAUGAUCUGUGAGAAAGCCAGGAAAUUGCACAGUGAUUUACAGCAAAGAAGCCCCUCUACAAGUGCAGCAAGUGACGAAUUUAAAGCCAGUAGAGGGUGGUUUGAAAAAUUCCGCAGGAGAACUGGCAUCCACAGUGUGAUUAGACAUGGUGAGGCUUCCAGUUCUGACAAGGCCGCAGCAGAAGCUUACAAGUUAGAAUUUGCAGAAUUCAUGAAGACAGAAGGAUACGUCCCUCAACAAGUGUUCAACUGUGAUGAAACAGGGCUCUUCUGGAAAAAAAUGCCGAACAGAACCUAUAUCACACAGGAGGAAAAGGCCCUACCAGGGCACAAGCCCAUGAAGGACAGAUUGACCCUUUUGCUGUGUGCCAACGCAAGCGCCGAUCUGAAAAUUAAACCACUACUGGUGUACCAUUCUCAGACCCCUCGUGCAUUUAGGGAACAAAAUGUGAACAAGGCCAGACUGCCCGUCAUGUGGAGAGCCAAUGCCAAAGCUUGGGUCACAAGGCAAUUGUUUAUGGAAUGGCUGCACGAGGUGUUUGCACCCACCGUCAGAAAAUAUCUUUCUGAUAACCAGCUGCCUGAAAGGUGCCUUCUUCUGAUGGACAAUGCCCCAGCACACCCUCCAGCCUUGGUGGAUGAUAUGGAUGCUGAGUAUGACUUCAUCAAGGUAAAGUUCCUCCCCCCCAACACAACACCACUUCUGCAGCCCAUGGACCAGCAAGUCAUCUGCAACUUUAAGAAGCUGUACACAAAGGCGCUCUUCACUAGGUGUUUUAAUGUCACUGAAGAGACAUCCUUGACUUUGAAAGAAUUCUGGAAGAAACAUUUCAAUGUUGUCCACUGCAUUAACCUCAUUGACAAAGCCUGGGAAGAGGUCACUUCCCGAACCCUAAAUUCAGCCUGGAGGAAACUGUGGCCAGAAUGUGUCGCUGAACGUGAACAUGACUUAGAAGGGUCUGAUGCAGAGGUAGUGGAGGAAAUUGUGUCCAUGGGCAAGAAUAUGGGUCUGGACGUUGAUGGUGCUGAUGUGGAAGAGCUUGUUGAGGAACAUAGGGAGGAGCUGACCACGGAAGAACUUUAUGAACUCCACAGUGAGCAGCAGAAGGCACUUCUUGAGGAGCAUUCCACUGAGGAGGAAGAAGAAAGGGAGGAGGUUAGCAGUGAUGCCAUAAAAUCCAUUAUGCAAAAAUGGAAUGAGUGCCAUGAUUUCUUUGAAAAGCACCACCCCAACAUUACUGUCACAAACAGAGUGUUAAAUCUCAUGAAUGAUAAUGUGGUCUCUCAUUUCCGGAGGGUUAUGCAGCGCAGAAAGAGACAAGUGACAUUGGACAGAUUUUUCAGACAAACUGAGCCUGCAGCUAGGAGACAAAGGAGAGAGGAAACCCCUGAAGAAGAUCUCCCUGAUGUCCUUAUGGAGGGGGACUCUCCCCCCAAACAAUAACUGCCUCCCACCUUACUGUCCUCUCUUAAUAAAUAACUACAGUAUACUGUACUUUACUAAUGUGUAUUGUCAUUUGUUUCAUAUUUUUGGGCUUCAAAAACCCCCCAAAAAA